CGCAGGUCCUGCAGCCCCAGGAGGUGAGAUCUGCAGGUUCCUUAGGUUCAGGACUCUCUUCUAUUGAAAGACAAUGGUCCUUUCCAUCAAUGACCCACCAAGGAUGGAGAAGGACGGAGACCACAUGGCUGCGAGGAUAUUAGACCUCACCCUGGAGAUCAUCUCCUUGAUAACUGGAGAGGAUUACACAGUAGUGAAGAAGUCGUCUGGUGAGUGUGUGACACCCCGUGUGUCAGGAGGACGGAACAGGACCCAGAGCCCCAUCACCGAGCCUCCACCUCAUUCCCUGAUACAUGAGCAGAAGAUCCUAGAACUUACCACCAGGAUCACUGAGCUGCUGAGCGGAGAGGUUCCUAUAAGGUGUCAGGAUGUCGCUGUCUAUUUCUCCAUGGAGGAGUGGGAGUAUUUAGAAGAACACAAGGAUCUGUACAAGGACGUCAUGAUGGAGAAUCACCAGUCCCUCACAUCACCGGAUGGAUCCAGUCAGAGAAAUCCACCAGAGAGAUGUCCCAGUCCUCUGUAUUCCAAGGACUGUCCACAGGAAAAGCAGAAUGUCCCACUGGAUGAUCAAGAAAGUUCUGGUGGAACGACGAGUGAGCUCAAAAAACCCGGAUCAGUGUCCGCGAAUGGUGAAAACGGGAAGAGAGUAUACCACAAGAAUCUUCAUUUAUCUUCCUAUGAUAAAGCAGAAGAUAACAAUACCACACAAGCUAAUUCAAUAACUCCUAAUGUACCCUUAGUCCUUUACAGUGGAGAUCUAUCCACCGAUACUGCUGGUCACAAGAAACCUUCAUCUAAUAAAUUACUGACUGGCAAAACAAGAACUAAACACAAGAGUGGAAAAAUAUUUUCACAUGGGAAACUUUUUGAGAAGAAAUCUAAUCUUUCUUUAUAUGAGAGAAAUUGCAGAGAUAAAAAGUUAUUUUCAUGCUCUGAAUGUGGAAAAUCUUUUACCAGGAAAGUUAUUCUAGUUGGACAUCAAAGAAAUCACACAGGGGAGAAGAGGUAUUCAUGUUCAGAAUGUGGCAAAUGUUUUAUGUGGAAAUGCUCUCGAAAGAAACAUCAGAGAACUCACACAAGAGCGAAGCCAUUUUCAUGUUCAGAAUGUCAGAAAUGUUAUAGUCAUAAAUCUGGUCUUGUGACACAUUUAAGAAUUCAUACAGGGGAGAAGCCAUUUUCAUGUUCAGAAUGUGGAAAAUGUUUUACCCGUCAAUCAAGUUUUAUUCGGCAUCAGGGAACUCACACUGGUGAGAAGCCAUUCUCAUGUAUUGAAUGUGGAAAGUGUUUUAGACAUAAAUCAGAUCUUGUUAAACAUCAGAGAAUUCACACAGGAGAGAAGCCGUUUCUGUGUCCUGAAUGUGGAAAGUGUUUUAGACAUAAAUCAGAUCUUGUUAAACAUCAAAGAAUUCACACAGGAGAGAAGCCAUUUACAUGCUCAGAAUGUGGGAAAUGUUUUUGUGAGAAAUCUGGUCUUUUGAAACAUCUAAGAAUCCACUUAGGACAGAAGACAUUUUCAUGUUCAGAAUGUGGGAAAUGUUUUAGUCUGAAAUCACAGCUUGUUGGACAUCAGAGAAGUCACACAGGGGAGAAGCCAUAUUCAUGUUCAGAAUGUGGAAAAUGUUUUAUGUGGAAAUGCUCUCAAAAGAAACAUGAGAGAACACACACAAAAGCAAAGCCAUUUUCAUGUUCAGAAUGUCAGAAAUGUUUUAGUCAGAAAUCUAAUCUUGUGAAGCAUUUAAGAAUUCAUACAGGGGAGAGGCCAUUUUCAUGUUCAGAAUGUCUAAAAUGUUUUAGUCAUAAAUCUGGUCUUGUGACGCAUUUAAGACUUCAUACAGGGGAGAAGCCAUUUUCAUGUCCUGAAUGUGGUAAAUGUUUUAGUCUGAAAUCACACCUUGUUGGACAUCAGAGAAGUCACACAGGGGAGAAGCCAUAUUCAUGUUCAGAAUGUGGGAAAUGUUUUAUGUGGAAAUGCUCUCAAAAGAAACAUGAGAGAACACACACAGGGGAGAAGCCAUUUUCAUGUUCAGAAUGUGGAAAAUGUUUUACCCGUCAAUCAAGUUUUAUUCGGCAUCGGAAAACUCACACAGGGGAGAAGCCAUUUUCAUGUCCUGAAUGUGGGAAAUGUUUUAAUGAGAAAUCAAAUCUUUUGAAACAUCUAAAAAUCCACUUAGGGGAGAAGCCAUUUUCAUGUUCAGAAUGUCAGAAAUGUUUUAGUCAGAAAUCUGUUCUUGUGAGACAUCAGAAAACUCACAGAGGGGAGAAGCCAUUUUCUUGUUCAGAAUGUGGAAAAUGUUUUACCCGUCAAUCAAGUUUUAUUCUUCAUCAGAGAACUCACACUGGUGAGAAGCCAUUCUUAUGUAAUGAAUGUGGAAAGUGUUUUAGUCAUAAAUCUGAUCUUGUUAAACAUAAGAGAAUUCACACUGGAGAGAAGCCUUUUCUGUGUCCUGAAUGUGGGAAGUGUUUUCGCAUGAAAGCAAUGCUUGUAGUACAUCAAAGAAUUCACACAGGAGAGAAGCCAUUUUCAUGCUCAGAAUGUGGGAAAUGUUUUAGUGAGAAAUCAUAUCUUGUGAAACAUCUAAGAAUCCACUUAGGACAGAAGAAAUUUUCAUGUUCAGAAUGUGGGAUAUGUUUUAUCCUUCAAUCAAGUCUUAUUCGACAUCAGAAAUCUCACACAGGGGAGAAGUCUGAACUGUCUUCAAGAUAGGUCAUCAAUAUCAGAU